AUGAAUACACGACGGCACAGUCGAUAUAUAUACGUAUAUAUAUCGGCUGUGCCGUCGUGUGCUGGCGAUUCGACGCUUGUCUCGCACUUGCCGACUUCGUGUGUGACAAAGAGGCCUGCUUGUGGUGAGAGCCUCAGUCCAUUUGUGAUGAGGUGUUUACGUGGAAUGCAAAAUGGUACAAGAAGCCUGUCAACAGUUGGUGGUUGUCAGCCCAACGGGCAACCUUGGCUUCGUUACUUGAGUUGGCCCGAGGGGGCAAGUGCCGCAAGAAUUGCAACUCUCCACCGGACUGAAGGGUCGAGGUGUCGAGGAGGAGCGAGCUCACCUCCGAGUGGCCUAAACUCAGUCAUCUGUUGUCUGUUGUCAUUCCGUGGAUUGGAUCCAGGAGUCCCUUCUUCGACCGUCUUCGCAUAA